UCGUUGGACUAUCUCUUCUGGCAAGUGGAAUUAGCAUUGGAUGGAUAAUUCUCCCUAUAUCCUUGAAUAAAUUAAUACCAAAAAAAAUAAAUCUGGCUUAUGGAGAGGAUACCAUACGACACUGGCAGAAUAUGCCUGUUUUUAGAUUCAACAUAUAUCUGUUCAACUUGACAAACAACGAAGCUGUGAGGGCAGGUGCAAAACCCAUCGUCCAAGAAAUCGGACCAUAUUGUUACAGAGAGUUUAAAGAGAAAGUAGAGAUUAAGGGGGAUCCGAAGAUGGACACAAUCAGUUAUCGACUUCGCAGCACAUGGGUGGAGAACCAAAAGAGUGUUGAGUGUGCAGCCCCACAACUAACUGGGGAGGAGGUCUUCGUAGUCCCAAAUGUGCCUCUACUGUCGAUACUCCUCGUGGCAGAGAAGAAUUUCGCAGCUCCGUUUUUGGCUGCGGUAAACGUUGCGUUACCUAGCAUAUUUGGUGACAACAGUGACCUCUUUCUGACUGCGUCGGCACGCACCUUGCUGUUCGGUGGCGUUCUCAUAGACUGUUGGCAUCGAGGAGUGCUCACCUUAGGGGUCUGCAGAGGUCUCAGGGACCAACCAUCUGGAUUGAGGAAACUCGGAGAGGACCGAUACUCCUUCUCCUUCCUAGUUGUGUCAAACGUUCCCCUGUUUGUAAGUAAGUCCGCAUGGGUGGUGCGACAGGAGGGUUUCAUGUGUGCAGCCACUCGCCUCACUGAGGAGGAGAUUCUAGUAGUCCCAAACGUUCCUCUUUGGGUCUCCUGCCUAUCAUGGCACCAUUCCUUAGGUCUGGUGAAGCCGAAGGAACCCCUCACACCAAGGUCGCGGUCGGAAGAUUUGGGGAUAGUGCUUCUGUUUCAGGAAUAUCUUGACGCAGAAAGUAGCAUUAAAACCCAGCUCCAAAACAUGGAGGAGACCAAGUUGAUGAUUGAAACCUUCAUGACGCAGAAAGGAGUCAACCAAGUUGUCAAAAACGGCAUGGCCAAGCUAGGGGAUGACCUUGGUUUCGUCUUCGCCUGCCGUUUGAAGAACGGCAGUGUGGAUGGCUCACAAUAUACGGUGCGGAGAGGGGCUGAAGAGGCGACUGAUGUGGGGAGGCUAGUGGCAGUGAACGGUCGACCCACCCUCAAUUACUGGCGUGGUGACUGCAACAUCCUCAAUGGCACGGACGGCUCCAUCUUCCCACCCUUCCGUCGUCCAGACAAUCGCAGUCUAGUCGCCUACUCAGGGGAAGUCUGCAGAGUGGUUCAUGGAGUGUACGAGGGUGAGCAUGACGUCAACAGAGUAUCAGGGUACGCAUACACAGUGACAUUGGGGGACACGGAGAAUGAGCCACAAGAUAAGUGCUACUGCGCCGCUGUGGACCGUUGCUACAAGAAAGGCACCUUGGAUGCGUACAGAUGUCAGGGGGCGCCGUUGGUGGCGUCGCUACCACACUUCUACGGUGGAAGUCAGGACUACAUCACCGGCGUCAGUGGGAUACAGCCCAACAAGGAGAAACACGAGAUUCUCGUUGUCCUGGAACCUACAACUGGGAUACCUUUGAGUGUCAAGAAGAGGAUUCAAAUGAAUAUUGACCUGAAGCCAAUACGCUACACACCCAGAACUCAAAACUUUCACCGGACCCUAGUGCCACUCUUCUGGGCUGAGGAGUUGUUUGAACUGAAUGGUGAACUUCUUGAACUUCUCGAAGCCUCUCUUCUUCGCCCUGUGAAAGUUGUACACUUCGGUCGAUGGAUAUUAGUAAUAUUUGGAGUAGUUUUACUUUUAUUCUCUAUAAUUAUCAAGACAAAACAAAUUCGGAGGAAUAGUAAGCUUGAUCCAAGCAAGAACUUUGAUUACGGUCCGGAGUUCAAAGAGAAGCUGCAAUCUUUAGACUCAGAGGAGACAGUAACAAGUGGUCCGUUCUUCAUCAGUCAACCUCCAGCUAUAGGCCUACCUCAACCUCGGUGGGGCAAGACCAAAAACACGGCCGAAACCCUCGUGAGUGGUGGGCUGGUAAGAACUACAGCAGUUGGAGGAGUAAAAACUGUGAAAUACAAAAGAAUAUCUGGACUUCAAGAAAUUCUUGUGAAAGAACAAGAAAGAAAUCAGUAA